UUAAUGUCAAAAGCAUUUUUGGUAUAUUAAAAACUAUGUAGGUAGGUAAUUAAGUAGGUACUGUACGUAGCUGAUAAAUAAAUAAAUACCUAGCCACCUCCCACAAAAUCUCAAAUAAAAUUUAACAACUUUCUAGUGAAACUGUAAAACAUACGCUGCUCACCUUACCCACACUAUCCACUCAACAACAGCAAAAAUAUUGAAUAUUGUGAUACUCGCAUAUAUUUGACAAGCCACAAAAGUUAUCUGAUAGAUAAUUUGUGAACGGAAACUAUGAAAGAAGAGUCAGUGAUGCUGGAGAGGUCGGGUGAUGCCAAGGAAUUGGCAGAGGCCAAUUCUGAGAGAUUCACACACAGCGGCAGCGUCUCCGACACGGAGGCGGGGUCGGACGCGGCGCUGGGCGCGCUGCUGGAGGAGGACGGCGCGGAGGCGGACGCGGAGCGGCGUGAGCGGCGGCUGGGCGCGCGUCUGGCGCAGCUGGACGCGCUCAACGUGGCCGGCAUGCUGGCCGCCGCCGCUGAGGGCGGGGGCGCCGGCGCGCGGCUGGCGGCGCGGCUGGAGGCGGGGCUGGCGGCGGGCGCGGCGCUGGGCGCGCGGCUGCGGCGCGGCGAAGCGCUGGCGCGCGGCGCGCCCGACGCGUGCUCCGCGCGCUCGGGCGCGGCGCGGGCUGACGCCAGCGCGCGCGCGCUGCUGCGCGAGCUCACCGAGAUAUACGACUGGCUCGACCCGCCGCCGCUGCAGGACCUCGACUCCAUUUCCGAGGUGUCGCUCGCCAGCGCGGAAGGGCGAGCGCGCGCGCUGCAGGCGGCGCACGCACUGCGCGUGGCGCUGCGCGGCGAGCGCUCGCAGCGCGCGCACCGGCGCCGGCUGGCGGCCGUGCGCGAGCGGCUGCGGCGGCUGGCGCGCGCGCGCGACCAGCUCGCCGCCGCGCUCGCGAGACACCUCAACAACACGCUCAUCCACCUCGGCAACGAGGCCGCGCACGACGUCAAGGACCGCCACCACGAGGAGUUGCUGCCUUACGCGCCCUUCAUGCGCUGGCUCAAGGAAAUGGAUGAGAAGGCCUUCGAUGCUCUGGCAAAGGUGUACAUCAGCACUUGGUCGCGCGUGUACGAGCGCGAGCUGCGAGCGACGAGCGAGAGCGCGCGCGCGGCGCUCGCGAGCGCGCCCGAGCGCGCCGACCCCGUGCUCGACGACGUUUUAACAUUCGUCGAGAAUCUCUGCAAUGCUGAACAAGAUUUUUGUGUGCAAUUCUUUCACCUUGACAUAGAUGUCAAAGGCGACAGCAGCGACGGCGAGCAGAGCGACGCGGAGUCGCGGACGCGGGCGGGCGGCGGGGCAGCGGCGGGCGGGGGGGGCGAGGCGAGGCGGUUCAUGCAGGAACUGUUCCCGAAGCUCGAAGCAGAGCUGGUCGCGCUGGUCGCACACAUUGAGAAACUCGACGCUUUCGGCGCGAUGCGCGCACUCGCGUGCGUGGGCCGGCGGGUGCUGGGCGCGGGCGAGGCAGCGGCGGGCGGGUGGGGCGGCGCGGGCGAGGCGCGGUGGGCGCGCGGCGCGCUGGCGGCGGUGGCGGUGGUGGCCAAGCGCGGCGCCGACCGCUGCAUCGCCGAGAGGAUCGCCGCCUUCCCCGACGCCGUGCGACAGGCGGCGAAGCGUCCGAAGUGCGGCUUGCUGGGCUUCCUGGCGGAGUUCGAGGAGCUGCGCGCGGCCGCUGAAGUCAUCUUCGCGAGGUCGCGCCGCGCCGACCUCGACCGCUGGUAUGUGUCCCUGGCGGAGGCGAUGAUCGCGGCGGUGUGGGCGGCGGAGCACCCGCGCACGCCGCGCGCGGUGCUGCGGAUGGAGAACUACCACCGGCUGCAGUCCAUACUCGCGGCCAGCCGAGUGCCCGCGCUCGACGACCACCGCGCCACCGCCCGCGCCCGCUACAAGGAGGCGCUGCGCAGCUACGUGACGACGUUCGAGCGGCCGCUGGAGCGCGUGGCGAGCUUCUUCGAGCGCGUGGCGGAGGUCGUGGCGACGGGCGCGCGCGAGGACGAGGUCGCGUACCGCAGCGAGUGCAGCAAGCACGCGCUGCGGCGGCUGCUGGCCGGCUAUCCCGCGGCCGCCGUGCGCCGCGCGCUGCACCGCCUCUACCGCACGGCCGACAAGCAGCUCAGCGCCGAGGGCGGGCUGCUGCAGGUCGUGUGGCGCGCCUUGCAGGAGGACUUCCUGCAGCAGCACACCUAUCUGCAGUCUCGCAUCGCCGCGUGCUACCCCGGCUCGGGGCUGGAGCUGCCGCUGACCAUCCAGGACAUCCUCGAUGCCUUCUCCGACAUCGCCCGGGAACAUUGACCUCGCCGAUUGCCGACACCAACAACGCCGCUUCAGUUUCAGAUGGAUGUAAAACCGAAUCACUUACAAAAAAGUCACUCUUACACAUGUGUCUCAAAUCUUAGGUUGAAAUAUGUCACUAUAGAGUCUACUUUAGCUUUCACUUUUAAGAAUAACAGAGUGGUGAGACAGUCAUCAUAAUCAUUAAUAUAAUCCAUGCAUAGGCUAGAUAUAAAGUGCUACUAUAUACAGUUUAUGUACAUAGAAAUUGUAUUUAUACAAAUAAAUUAUUUUUACUAUAAGAA